AUGGAACCCACGGCGCUCGUACUUGAUGGUAAAGUCACAAGUGAUGUGAUCUGCUCACAGCAAUUACAGCCACAAUGCAGUGCUUUCUUCCAACGAUACAAACGUUCUGUGGGCUUGGCAGUCAUUAUUGUAGGAUCUCGCAAUGACUCGAUCACGUACGUUCGAAUGAAGCAAAGAACGUGCACGAUUGUAGGUAUUACGUCAUGGAAAAUCCAUAUUGUAUUGGAACAAGAUGGGAUUCUGAAGGCUCAAGAUAUGGUCAUUCGGGAGCUCUUAUUAACGAUUCAAGAGCUUAAUCAACGAGAUGACGUGGAUGGUAUUAUUCUACAGCUUCCAUUGCCCUCUUACUGCAAUGAAGAUGCGAUUGUAGCCACGAUUGAUCCUCAAAAGGACGUGGAUGGACUGCAUCCACAGAAUCACGCAAACUUGUUCCAGCUUGCUACUAAAAAGGUCUCGUCUCACCAUGAAGAAACAUCAUUUGCUCUACCUUGCACACCAGCUGGAUGUCUGGAGCUAUUGGAUCAAUAUCAUAUCCCGUUGGAAGGCAAACAUGUCGUAGUGCUUGGACGCAGUCGAAUUGUUGGACUACCAGUGUCAUUGCUUUGUCUACGUCGCAAUGCAACCGUCACGAUAUGUCAUUCACAGACACAAGACCUCCAAUUGCGUGUGCGUGAGGCUGACAUUGUCAUUGCAGCCAUUGGACGCGCACGCUUUGUACAAGGAGAUUGGGUUAAACCAGGUGCAAUUGUCCUUGAUGUGGGUAUAAAUCACGUGGAGGACGCGUCUAAAAAAAGCGGAUAUCGUCUCGUGGGUGACGUGGAUUUUGAUGCGGUCGCGAAAGUCGCACAUGCCAUCACUCCUGUGCCUGGAGGUGUCGGGCCUAUGACUGUAGCAAUGCUAGCAAAGAACACUAUCCAGUGUGCAAUGCGACGAUUGCAACAACAGUAA